AUGGCUGCUGCUACCACCACUGCCGCCGCCGCGGGUGCUGCUGCCGCACAAUCACCAGCCCCAACAACAACGGGCCAUCGCCGUAAUCGCUCCGCGGUCCUGAGAUCUUUUAUAUCAUCCAGGGGCCACAGGCGCUCGCCCACCGAAGGCUCUGCCAUCCCAUACACACCCGUGUCCGCUUCGCCGCCCUUCCUGCCCGCCCCCAGCCUCCAGCCACCACUGCUCCCGCCAGACCACCCUCACAGCGCCAGCCAGUCGUCACCCCGCAAGUCCAACGACAACCGCUCCACAAGCACCAAGAAGAGCCUGCACAAAAAGUCGCUCAGCUCUGUGUCGCUGCGAUCGCUGGCAAAGCGUGCCGACGACAAGCCCAAGGAAAAGAAGUCGUCUGACUUGAGGCGGUCGCAGGACGAACCAGAAAAAUCCCCCCGCCCCAAGUCGUCCACCAACCUGGCUGCCAUGUUCAGCAAGGCCAAAUCCCGAGACCGCUCCCCCAACAAGGAAUCGAGAGACAAAGAAAACACUGAGCCGUCCCGCGCCGCAUACGCGCCACCGCCCCCUCCCACUCCCAUCUGGGCAGAGUUCAGUUCCCAGUCCGCCAUGCCCGCUGCCUCCAAUACCCCUCUGGACAGUCGUCCCCGCACCAGCACCGAGGGAGGCCUUGGCCGAUUCCCUCCAGCUGACUACUCGCCCACCAAGCAGCGCAACUUCUUCGAGUACGGUCAGCCUGCGGUGCGAAACCCCGCCACCAAACAGCGGCCCAAGUCUAUGUUUGCCGCCAGCUCGUCCACCACCUCUCUGCUCCUUGACACAUUCUCCCGCAAGAGGAGCAACGAGCGCAUGCCCCUGUCCGACACACAGGGCAAUGAAGGCCGCUUCAGAGACCCUUCUCCCAGCAAAAGCAAAUCCACGAGGCCAGCGCUUGGUAGAGCUAGUACCGACAGCGGCAGCAAGGACUUCAGUGUCAAGCCCAUGGCACCGCCCCCGCCCCCAGCCUCACCAAAGAAACAAAACAGAGUCAUGGCCGCCGUCGCUGCCUUUAACGGCAAGGCUAAGCAGGCUGACGGCCCCCCAACCCCCACUGUCAAGCACGACCCCAAGGUCGUCGAUGCUGAAUUCGAAGAGGUUCUCGAAUCGCGAAAUAUCCCUACCCACCAACGUGCGCAGAUGAGAACAUUGAAACUCGAAGUCAAGGCCGACUUUGUGCGCAUGCACAAGCUCGACACUCCUCAAACUUCGCGCAGCUCGUCUGGCACCGCUUCCGCCGGGGAAACCACCAAGCCGGCAGCACAAAAGACGUCCAAGUCGCGGCACGGAUCUCCUGUGGAUGACGCUGACCUUGAUGCACAAGCAGAUCCGUCUGGCUACUCGACCAAGCGCGAGCGUCCAAGGAGUAGGACAUUUACCUUCAACAGAAAUGAUUCACCGACCAAGAAGCAGAAAGGCGACUUGGGUGAGCGCAAGACGUCUGCCAAGACUGCAACCAUCCCAAAGUCUCCCUCUAUGCGCUCCUUGAGGUCUAAUCAUUCAGAACGUUCCGUGUCCAACGGUGCCAAGUCAGUCAAAGCUGACGAGUUUAUUGCUUACUUGAAAAAGACGCCAAAGCCCCAAAACGUCGAGGUUGGCAAACUGCACAAACUUCGCCUGCUCAUUCGCAACGAGACAGUUGACUGGGUUGACAAUUUCAUCCAGGAUGGUGGUAUGACUGAACUGGUAGGCCUCCUCCAUCGCAUCAUGGAGAUCGAAUGGCGCGAGGAUCACGAAGACACCUUGCUUCACGAACUGCUUCGCUGCCUCAAAGGACUUUGCACCACUGCAACGGCCCUAAAGCAACUCAAGGAAAUCUCCUCCACGCUCUACCCAGCUCUGCUUGCCAUGCUUUUUGAUGAGGAGCACAAAGGCCCGAGUGAGUUUACUACGCGUGAGCUCAUCAUCGAAAUCAUCUUCGCACACCUCUCUAUGGCUCCAGAGGCCGAACUGGGAACUCGUGCUGCCGAAUUGAUGAAGUACCUCAAGGAUCCCGUAAAGGAGAAGGAGACAUCAACAGUCCCCUUCAUCCUUCAAAUGCAUCAGCCGCGUCCAUACCAAGUUUGGUGUAAAGAGCUGUCCAAUGUUACCAAAGAAGUCUUCUGGAUAUUCAUUCACCAUUUGAACGUAGUUCCAGUCCCACCAAGACCAACAGAGGGCAGGUCGUAUGCCAAGACUCAUUUCCCAGGCCAGCGAGCUAUUGUCCCAGCAGCACCCUAUGUCGGUGGUGUAGAAUGGGAUGCUACCAAUUACCUCGCCACUCACAUUGAUCUCCUCAACGGAAUCAUUGCCUCCAUACCCACCCGCUCUGCUCGCAACCAAUUCCGCCAGGAGCUCAAGGUUUCUGGCUUCGAAAAGGUCAUGGGCCACCUUCGUGCUUGCAACCCCAAGUACUAUGGCGCAGUCCACGACAGCGUCAAAGUAUGGAUUGGGGCUGCCCUUGAAGAUGACUGGGACGUCAAGACUGUGCGUAUGGGUGCCGGUGAAAGCAAGAGCAGUGCCAGCCCUCUCAAACAGAGUCCCAAGAAGAAGGUUGAGGCCCCACCUCAACUUCAGGCACCCCCCAAAAUGGACAUUGGCCUUGGCUUAGGACUAGGUUUUGACAGGGAAAUCUCCAUUGGUCACUCGAAGAAGGUCGUUGACGACGACUGGAUCUGA